GGGGCGGAACCGAGGAGGCGCGGAGACAGCUUUGGGGCAUGUCGUCAGGCAGACUGGAGUCUCGGCGGCGUUGUUUCUUGCGGUGGUGUUAGCCCGAGACACUUGGUCCCCCAGACCUGGAACCCAUCGCUGCCUCGGGCCGCGCCUCUCAUAUCUCAGACGGAGAUACUGAGGUUUCUUGAGAAGCAACAUACUUGAUAACAACUGUCGAUUCUUAACCAGUCAAGUUCUGCGCGAUUCCUGGGAAGCACUGCUCCAGGGACUCCCAGAGGUUCUUUGGACCCAGAAAAAGAAAGUGUCCUCUUCUCCAACCGAGCCGCAUGCCACCUGAAGGAUGGGAACUGUGUAGACUGCAUCAAGGACUGCACUUCGUAAGCGGAGCACUGGCCUUGGUUCCCUUUAGCAUGAAGCCCCUGCUGCGGCGAGCAUCGGCCUACGAGGCUCUGGAGAAGUACCCACUGGCUUAUGUUGACUACGUGACUGUGCUGCAGAUCGACGACAGUGUGACAUCAGCUCUGGAAGGCAGCAGCAGGAUGACAAGAGCUCUCAUGGACUCCUUUGGGUCCGAGUGGCGCCUGAAGCUGCCCUCUAUCCCCUUGGUGCCUGUUUCAGCUCAGAAGAGGUGGGAAUGUUUGCCUUCGGAAAACCGCAAAGAGACAGCCAAAAGCAAAUCCAAAGAAACCACAACCGCCAAGAGCAGAGUGCCUUCUGCUGGGGAUAUGGAGAGAGCCAGAGUUCUGAAGGAGGAAGGCAAUGAGCUUGUGAAGAAGGGGAACCAUAAGCAAGCGAUUGAGAAGUACAGUGAGAGCCUCUGGUUUAGUAACGUGGAAUCCGCCACGUACAGCAACAGAGCGCUCUGCCAUCUGGUGCUGAAGCAGUACAAGGAGGCCGUGAAGGACUGCACCGAAGCCCUCAGGCUGGACGGAAGAAAUGUGAAGGCCUUUUACAGACGGGCUCAAGCCUACAAGGCACUCAAGGACUAUACAUCCAGCUUUGCAGACAUCAACAGCCUCCUGCAGAUUGAGCCCAGGAACGGCCCUGCACAGAAGUUGCGGCAGGAAGUCAACCGGAGCUUAAACUAAAAUCCCAAAAGGGCAGUGGGACACCUGCCUGACCUCCUUCCUGUGCCUGCUCGUGGGACCCGACGUGCCCCAGAGCUCCCUCCUCAGACCUGAUGGCCUCCUGCCCAUUUAGAGGCUUUGCUUGUUCAAGCUAAGCUCAGCAUAGCCAAAAAUCAGACGUUUGUUAAAAAGGUCUCUCCCUGUUCUGCAUCCCCCUGUGCUGCAGACAGCUAGUGGGUCACACAGAUGGGUCCUUGUCAGCCAAGCACUUGGCUCUGGCUCUGUCCCUACCCAGCAUGCUCCAGCCUGAGUGCUGCAUUUCCAGUGUCACCAGGCCACCUCACCACAGUCCAUCUGAGCAACCCAAGCUGGGGUGGGGUUGGUGGCUGGAACACCCUGGCCGCCUUCACCCAAUGCAGCCUGUUGAGCUGGUUCUCCAGGGCUGCUGUCCCGGCCCUGUCCUUGGCCCAUGCUUCAUGCUGUGAACCCCAGUGCCUUUUGGCCGAGCCCUCCUUUGGUGGGGAUGCAGAACCUGACCCUUGGCUAGUUUUGUGGCUCUGUGCUGCCACCUCCCGUGCGGAGGUACCUAAGCUGUUUCAAGAGCCCAGAGGGGUGGCUGCUGCUCCCGAAGGUGGGAUGGGAGAAGGGCCCUUUUGAAGUCAGUGUCCCAUUCCCAGCAGGGACUUGCCUUUUGACCCCAGUGGUGGCCCCUCUGGGCUUCUUAGGUUCGUUAUAUGUUGAUGUUAAUUUGAACUGAACUGAGUUGUUGAGCUGUGGGUUUCCGCUGUUGAAGUAAACAUCUUCUCCGUCA